UCUCUCGGUUUGGCACUCUUGGUCAAAAAGAUAAUGCCUUUGAGAAGCUUGUUCAAAUGUCAUCAAAGGUUGCACCUUUCUUCAUCUCUAAGCGGUUUCAUGUCUGGGUUUCGCGAAAGUUUCACUUUUGCUCAAUUCCUUGCGCUGCCCAUGUUCAAGCUCCCUCUGAAACUGAUCGUGUACGAUCAAAUUCAGGAGCUCUUGAGUCUGUUACCGGUGGUCUCAAGAAAAAUCUUUAUCCAGAGAGGCUAGUACAUGUUUUGGAUUCAAUGCCUGAUUUUGAUUUAUCUAUUAAUGUCUUCAAGUGGGCUUCCAAGCAGAGAAAUUUCCAGCACACCACUGAGACUUUUGUCCAUAUGAUUUUGAAGCUUGGUAUGGCCGGGAGGCAUCAAGAGAUGGAUGUCUUUUUGAAGGAGAUGGUGAAAUUGGAAUCCCCUCAUAAGGAAGAAGGCUUCGAUUGCUUGAUCAAUUCCUUUUGUACAAGUGGUGGGUUGAGGGAAGCUCUGCUUGUUUUUGAAAAUGCUUGCUUGGCGAAUUAUAGGGUCUCAAUCUCGACAUUCAAUGUUCUACUGAAAAACCUUGUUUCCAACAAGGGAGAUUUGCAGCUUGUGUUAUUUGUAUACAAGGAAAUGGUGAAGAGUGGGACACUCCCCAAUAUAGAGACCUUGAAUUGCUUAAUUAAGGCAUUGCUUGAAAGUGAGUGGAUCGAUCUUGCUCUAGAGCAGUUUCAUAGGAUGAAUAAGAAGAGGUGUGAGCCCAAUACUCAGACUUUUGAGAUAGUUAUUGGUGGUCUUUGCUCAAGUGGUAGAGUAGAUGAAGCAAUAAUGUUUUUGAAUCAGAUGUUAGAGGUAGGAUGCUGUCCGAAUUAUGAAUUCUACGAGAUUAUCAUACCUUUUUUUUGUAAAGCUGAUAAAAUAAAAGAAGCAAAUAAGUUAUUUAAAACAAUGAAAGCUGAAGGCUAUUUACCAGGUGUGCAUCUCUAUGGUGUAAUAAUUUAUUUUUUAUCUGGAAAAUUAGAAUUGGAUGAGGCGAUGGGGCUAUUUGAAGAGAUGGCUGAUGUGGGUGUUCCUCCUGUAACUAGUAUAUAUGUGGACAUUGUGAGCGGGUAUUGCAAGGUAGGCAAACUAAAUGAAGCAAUGGAUUUCCUGAUAGAUAAUAGUGUUUCUGAAGUUGAGCCAUACAACACAUUGCUCAAAGGAUGCUGUGACUUGGGUAGAUUUCCUGAAGCAAUUGAUUUCCUUGAGAGCAUGGCAGGACUGUGUGAUAAUCUUUCUUGGAGUAUCUUAAUAAGAGGUCUUUGUGAAAAAGGAAAGCUGGGAGUUGCGUUUGAAAUUCUUGGUAGAAUGAUUGUUUCUUCAUAUAUGCCUGAUCAGGUAACACUUUCGGGUAUAAUCAUUGGAUGCUGUAGUAAGCAUGCCUAUCAGAGUGCUUUAGAUAAUUUCAGACUGGUUCGUGCCAAUAACAUGAGUAUGGAUUUAGAGUCCUGCUCACAGCUGAUUGAAGGUCUUUGCCAUGUAAAUAAGAUUCAGGAGGCUGUUGAGGUGUUCACCUACAUCACUGGCAAAGAUGGCAUUCUCUCCACCAACUCAUUGAAUGUAUUGAUUGAAGGGAUCUGCUUAGCAGGUAAGGUGGAUGAAGCAAUCAGAGUUCGGUCACUUGCAUGUUGUACUGGUGUCUAUUCUGUUCCUGCUACAUAUUCUAUCAUUACACGCAAAUUGUUGGAGCUGAAGAAGGCUAACAAUGUUCAAGCAUUUUUGUCACAAAUAUUGGUGGAGGGUUGUAAUGUGGAUGUGACCUUAUACUGCUUGCUGAUUCGUGGCUUGUGUGCUGAAAGUUCUGCAAGAGAGGCUGCUCUUUUAUUUAAUCUGAUGGUCAGAGAUGGUUUUACUCCGGAUUCUGGGACACUGCAGACACUGAUCUCCUAUUUAGUGACGAUUUCUCAUUUGCAUAUGGUCCUUCAUUGUUUAGAUAAAGUAUUCAAUGAAGAAGAAUUACUCACUCCUGCAAUUUGUAACAUGGUCAUUCGUGGCCUCUUGAAAGAAGGGUAUAAGAACGAGGCUUCAAAAUAUUUGGAUAUGAUGCUAGAAAAGGGUUGGGUUCCAGAUGCUGAUACACAUGGUUUGUUGGUCGGGAAUUUGCAUUUAGAUAAAAGUGGUGUAAUACUUGAAGCAUAUGAACAUGAUGAUGAAGACAAAGUGAGCAACAUAUUAGCUGAAGGUCUGGAAAAUUGAAAUGCAAGUUAUGGCCCCUCUUUGCCUAAUUAAUUUGAUUUUGAGAAGGGUACAUCAUCAACAAAAGCUGCAAGGGCCGGUGAUAGAUAGUUUAUGCCAUUAGGCAUGAAUAGAGUUUGAGAACCUGGAUUCAAAUUCAACAUUUUCUUGAUAACGCAGGUAUUUCUCAUAGUUGUAACAUUUUUUUUUUUACCUGCUUUAUCUUGGGUUUUCUAUCAUUGGUGUUUUAUGGGAAUGAUAUACGAAUUACUAUUUGUGUCCUUGUCAUAUAUAACAAAUUUUUUUUCCA